AUGGCGGAGCCAUUCACUCGCUCCGUGUCGCAGCUCGUCUGCGCUCAGAUUUGCGAGUCUUUCGGCUUCCAGUCCAUCCAACGGUCAGCGCUCGAGACCCUGUCCGACAUCCUGACUCGCUUCAUCACCAGCGUUGGCGACGCAGCACACGCGCACGCGGAGCUCGCAGGGCGAACCGACGCUAACGCCAACGACGUCGCCCUUGCGUUAUCCGACGUCGGCACGUCGCUCGGCGAUCUCGCUCGCUUCGUCGAAUUCGCGGACGACAUCUCGUCGCCAUCGUUGGCGCAAGCCGUCCCGUCCUUCCCCGUGCCCAGAAACCCGCGCUUCGUCGCCGCCAGUUUCCUUCAGAGCGGGGAGGAUCCUCCUCCCCGUGGCGACAUUCCCGAGUGGCUGCCGGCGCUGCCGGACCCCCACACGUACAUCGCCACGCCGGUGUGGGAGGCUCGGGGGCAGGAUAAGCGGCAGGAUCGGGUGGAGGAGGGGCGAGAGCGGCGGCGCGCUGAGCAGUCACUCGUGUCGCUGCACCAGCGCAUGGGGAUGGUCACGGCGGGCGGCGCGCAGGCGCGCGGUGGUGCUGGCGGCGGGCGGCUGCUGUGGGGCGGAUGGUCUCACGUUGGCGCGGGGGACGACCUCCUCGCAAGGCCAGGCGCGGGGAUCUCCGCGCCCGUGGCCACUGGUGCGGCGCCCGCAGUGCGCAACGACGAGGGCGCGGAGCGGGGCGAGGGGCGGAAGAAGCGGAUGAGGGAGUCAGACGGCGGGUGGGUAGCGGGUCAGGUUCCUUCCGCGCUGGAUGCCUUCCCGGGACUGAUGAUGGCCGCGGGCAGGGCGCGGGGCGGGGGAGCAGCAGGUGAGGGGGGUGAGGAAAGCGAGGAGGAGGAUGAGUUAGAGGAAAUAGAGGAAAGGAAUGGGGACGCGAUGGCUGUGGAUGGUGAUAUUGUGGUGGUGGAUGGCGGAGAGGAGAGGAAUGGUGGUGGUGGCAGUGGGGCCGAGGGAAUCCAGGCAGAGGGGAAUAAGGGCGAGAGGGUGAAGGAGGUUGGUUGGAGUGGGUGGUCGGCAAUGGAGAGGGCUUCAGGGGCGAGUGCUCCGGGGGUGUCGUUUCACCUAGGCAGCAAGAUCAAGGCCAAGCUUGGAGCUGCCAGAAUGCAGUUGCCUGUUGUGCUGAGGCAGGCAAAACCAAAGGCCGGGCAAGGUCGCGAGAUCGGCCGCGGAUUGUACGGCGUGGUUCGCGUGGUGAUGCACAGGAAGUCGCACGAGCGAUACGCGUGCAAGACGGUCGACAAGCGUCGCAUGUCGCAGGAUCAGCUCGCACGACUCCGCACGGAGUUCGACAUUCUCAAGCGCGUAUCAACCCACCAAUCCGUAGCGGCCCUUAUCGACCAAUACGAGGACUCCACGUGCGUGCAUUUCGUCCUGGAGCUCUGCACUGGAGGGACGCUGUACGAUAUCCUCACGACGGCCUCUAUCGCGGAUGAUGCCUCCGCUGUAGAUCACUCUGAGAGCAGCACCAGUCCUGCCGCUGCCACAACCAGCACACGCAGCAGCAGCGGAAGCACCGCCAGCCGCAGCAGUAGCAACGCAAGUGGGAGCGCAUCGUCGAAGCGGAUGAGCGAGGCGCAGGCGAAGCAGGUGAUGCGGCAGCUCGCAGAGGCGGUGGCGCGGCUGCACGCGGAGGGCGUGGUGCACCGCGACCUGAAGCUCGAGAACAUCGCUUUCAUGGAUGCGCGGGACGCCAGGGAGGGCGCGUCGCACCCUGACGGCAGCACACACCAUGGCUCGACCAGCAGCCGCAGCACAAGCACAAGCCGCCAUUUCCCCAGCAUAGGCAGCGCCAGCAGCUUGGUCUCUGAUUUGAGUGGCAGUGAGGCCGACAGCGACUGCACGGGUUCCCUGGCGUCCUCCUCUGCGCCCUGCUCCCCCGCCUUCUCCGCGCCCUGCCCUCCCCUCAAGCUCCUAGACUUUGGUCUGUCCACGUGGCACAAGUCAGCAGACGGGCAGCGGCUGACGGAAAUUGCGGGGACGGCGUAUUAUGUGGCGCCAGAGGUGCUGAGGAAGCAGUACGGCAGCGAGUGUGACGUGUGGAGCAUGGGGGUCAUUCUUUACAUGAUGCUCACAGGAUCGCCACCCUUCUGGGAUGUUUCGGAAGAGGCAAUCUGCUCUGCCGUGUUGGCAGGCCACUAUGACAUGGUCAGUGUGCCAUGGUUGUCCAUCUCACCUGCUGCCAAGGACCUCGUCAGGCGCAUGCUGCAGACUGACCCAGCCAAGCGAAUCACGGCACUUGAAAUUCUAGAGCAUGAGUGGAUCUCCUUCUAG